CUGGUAAGUUGGCGGCCGCCUCCGGCUGAAAGCCAAAACGGCGUCCUGGCUGGAUACAGUGUCUACUAUCGAGCGCUGGACUCUGAGGACACGGAGCUUAAGGAGGUGAAUGAUAUCCCCCCAACCACCAGUCAGAUCCUCCUGGAGUCCCUGGAGAAGUGGACGGAGUAUCGCAUCACCGUCGUGGCUCACACGGAGGUGGGGCCGGGGCCGGAGAGCUCGCCGGUUAUCGUCCGCACGGAUGAAGAUGUGCCCAGCGCGCCGCCUCGCAAAGUGGAGGUGGAGGUCCUGAACUCGACUGCAAUCCAAGUGUUCUGGCGCUCGCCAGUCCAGAACCGCCAGCACGGCCAGAUCCGCGGCUACCAGGUGCACUAUGUCCGCAUGGAGAAUGGCGAGGCCAGGGGGCUGCCCCAGAUCAAGGACAUCAUGCUGGCUGACGCCCAGGAGAUGGUCAUUGCUGGGCUCCAGCCUGAGACUGCCUAUUCCAUUACUGUAGCCGCCUACACCAUGAAGGGAGAUGGUGCUCGCAGCAAACCGAAGGUGGUCACCACGAAGGGUGCAGUCCCAGGGAAGCCCAUCCUGUCCGUGCACCAGACAGAGGAGAACACUCUUCUGGUGAAGUGGGAGCCUCCGCUGGAUGCGGAAGGCCAGGUGAUGGGCUACCGGCUCCAGUUUGGCCGCAAGGACGUCGACCCCCUGGCUACCUUGGAGUUCUCGGCGCUGGAGGAUAAGUACACCGCUCCCAGCAUUCACAAGGGCGCCACGUAUGUUUUCAAGCUGGCCGUGAAAAGCCGGGCUGGCUUUGGGGAGGAAGCUGUGCAGGAACUCACCACCCCUGAAGACAUCCCCAAGGGUUACCCCCAAAUCCUCGAGGCGAGCAACAUCACUUCCAUGUCGGUCCAGUUUGGCUGGCUCCCCCCCGUGCUGGCCGAGAGGAACGGAGCCAUCGUCAAAUACACCGUGGCUUACCGGGAAAUCCAGUACAAUGGGCUGAACGUCGAUGUGGAUGGCCGCACCACCAAGAAACUCAUCACCAACCUGAAGCCCAGCACGUUCUACAACUUUGUUCUCAUGAACCGAGGCAAUAGCAUGGGGGGCUUGCAGCAGAACGUCGCCGCCUGGACCGCUGCCGACAUGUUAUCAAAGAAGCCCGAGGUGACCCACAAGCCUGACGCCGACGGCAACGUGGUGGUGAUUCUCCCAGAUGUGAAGAGCUCUGUGCCUGUCCAGGCUUACUACAUUGUGGUGGUGCCUCUAAGGAAGUCCCGAGGAGGACAGUUCCUCAACCCCUUGGGCAGCCCCGAGGAGAUGGACCUGGAGGAGCUCAUUCAGGACAUUGCCAGGCUGCGACGCCGAAGCCUGCGUCACUCGCGACAGCUGGACUUCCCCAAGCCCUACAUCGCUGCCCGGUUCCGCUCCCUCCCCUCGCACUUCAUCUUGGGGGACAUGAAGCACUACGACAACUUCGAGAACAGAGCCCUGGAGCCAGGGCAGAGAUACGUCAUCUUCAUCCUGGCAGUGCUCCAGGAACCCGAGGCCACUUUUGCCGCUAGUCCCUUCUCCGACCCCAUCCAGCUGGACAACCCCGACCCGCAGCCGAUCAUCGAUGGAGAGGAAGGACUGAUCUGGGUCAUCGGGCCCGUCCUGGCUGUGGUGUUCAUCAUCUGCAUUGUCAUUGCCAUUCUGCUCUACAAAAA